CAAGAUCUCUGGCCAACAUCCCAACCAAGGCGGUGGACAGGACCCGAGACACGCGACGAAGCAGACGAAGAUAAAGAAAGGAUACUACGCUUCUGCCGCCGGGCACGCAUGUAGUGUUCUGCCCUGUGUAUCCCGCUGGAGGCUUUUCUUCUCUGCCGCUCUCGACUCUCGCUCUUUUCCCCCCCGUACGCUUCUUGUUCGUCGUGCUUGCAGCGGCCGCCGGCUCUCCCUCUCUGGCAAUGCCCCCAUCCUCUUGACACCAUUCGGCGGUGUCGAAACUGCCUCCUCCACCACGCAGUAAUGGUCGCGGCCUCGGCCAGCCAAUACCGAGUGCCCUUGAAUCUGUUUUGCCCGGCUUUCGGGCCUGUCUCGCCGAGAAAUGAACUGACCUCAAGAUCUCGCGAGAUCUGCACUCGAGCUUUGGUGGCCUUGCUGCAGCCCACUGUGCAGCUCGCUUGGCUCGUCUUGCAUAAAACCAUCUGGUCAUUCGAACACGUCUCCUCCCAACGGCCGCACUUUAAUCUCUCUCCGCUCGGUGAGCACGCUGCCGUCAUCCCAAUCAUCUCUCAACAUUCAACCUGGCGCCCUGCUGCUUACUGAUGCCUGCUGCACAUCCCCCAAACCGAUAAGCAAAGAAAGCUCCAUCCCGCCGCGUCGCCUCCGCGCACCCUGUUUGCUUAGCGUGUGGACCCUUGAUGCGCAUGGCGUCAGGAAAGUCAUCUGCUUGAGCAUCGCAUCAACACCACCUGUCGGACCGCACAAUCACUUGCUUCUUUCGACACCUUGGCCACCUUGGCUCUUCCUUCAUCCUGCCAAGCGCGUGGCCAUUAGACUCACCCUGUUUUAUAUCUAUUGAUAUCCCCGGUUUCCUUCUUCUUCUUCUCCUCCACACCUUCUUGCUUCUCUUUGUUUGACACAUUUAUACACCGACCAUGGCCGUUGCCGGAUCGUUCGGAGAAUGCACUCGACCUCCAGGAGGCAAUGUCAUGCAGCCACAUAUCGACCUCUCGAUGGCGGGCACCUCCCAGCUUACCCACCCAAGCAAGAUGCCACUGACCCUACUGGACUUGCUGUCCAACUCGAUUAUCAUGCGCCAGACGGCGCCGUACAUCCCAGUCUCGUCCCUCUACGCACUAUCACGCGCCUCAAAGAGCUUCAGACAAGUCGUCGCCUGUUCGCCUGAAGCAACGCGAUAUCUCGAUCUCUCGACCAUCAAAGUAGCUACGUUCGACAUCUCCCCCAUCGACUCUGGGGGGAUCAGUUGGCGUAGUCAGCGCAUGGAUGAAGCAUUGACAGAAGUUGACUUUUACUCUGGCCCGUUGCGAGGCAUCAUGUCACGGUUGCUACGGCAGAACGUCUUGGGCAACGUGGCAACCAUGAUCUUGGAUGGGUUGACCGUUCCCGCCGAAUUUGUUGGCGAGAUCAUCUCGGAGGACAAGUACAACAUCCGUAUACUGUCCAUACGAGAGGCAAAGCAUCUUAACGAGCGGAAGCUCAUGCAGGUCCUCAACUACGCUGUGCGACCAACGCGGCCGCCAGGCACCCCAAAGCUAAAAGGACUCUACGUCUUUGGGCCAAUGGAAGCACGUCCCGGCCCACUAGAACCUGAGAUUGGCAGAAGGAGGUCACCGACGAGAUACCCAGAUUCAUCGCCCGCAGGAGUGAUGAAUGCACUGGGUGCCAAACUCGGCGCAGAGUGGAACAAGAAGUCGCAAGAGGCGCUCAACAACGAGCUUUGCGGCAUUGAGGACAGGUGGUAUCAAAAGUCUGGGUCAAUGUUCAAGAAGACGCCAUUGUCAGACUGGGCUACUACUCUCAAGGCGUGUGAGGGUAUUAUUCAUUUCGAUGCGGUCCUCUGCCGCGGGCCAAGACACGAUCCGAACAACUUCACGAACCAAGAUCCGAACUCUCCUCCGAACCCGCAUAACACCUUCUUACUUCCUGCUGUAGCCACGAUUGCCCUAGGCCCACACGGCUGCAGCAAAUGCAAGUCGUCGCCAGAGGGUCCUGCGAUUUUUGGAAAAUCACCGUCAUACCAUUUACCUCUGCUCGCGCCACCGCCUAUGCAUUCAUCCUCGAUCCGUGCCGCGCAAUGGCCCCAUACAAAGGACAGCACAGCAGAGCCUCCACGCCUGUUCGUUCGCUGCAAAGAGUGUCUGAAGCAUCGCUGGUGUGAACGAUGUGGGAAAUGGUGGGAUGAGGCAUGUUACAUGCCUCUCAAUACACGAACAGAACUACAGAACCAAGAGUUCAUGCAGUGGCAGGUCCUGAGUACGGAGGAACGACCAAAAGAGGACAUUAAGGUACAUAUGGGUCUCUGUGUCGAUCAUUGCCUGGUUGGCGAACAUUAUGCAUGGAGCUGGAGGUGGCGGUAUGUGGGGAUGAGUUAAGGACGGACAUUGUAGAACCAACCAGGCAAAGGCUUAUACAAGAAAGCUCUCAUUGCAUACGUAAAUCAUCGUGCAGAGGGAUAGGCUGACACCAAAUUCUGCUAGAUGGGCUCCAAACGGGAUUGCUUUGGCUGUGGACAGACAUGCGCCCCAUGCAAGGAAUUAUACAUUCGUGCAUGCCAGAGAUGCAGGUCCGAAUACUGCAUUGUCGAUAACGACGGGUCUUCCCUUACGGCGUGCGAUUGGUGCAACUAUUCCGGUAGACGCACCCUAGAACCGUAUUGAUCAAAUCUCUUGCUUUAGCGACAUGCGAAAGACGCAUCACCUAGCUCGCGCCAUUGCGUGCAUAGAAUGGGUUCCAGCCAGACCGACGACGGCCACGGACGGCUUUGGCUGAAGUCGUGGUUGGGCUUGCAGGCAUGGCAUAGCGGUCCAGCAAAAUCAUCACCUGUGAUCAAGAUACCCUUGCCUCCUUUUUGAGCGCGAACUGAGCAAAGUAAAAAUCAAACAACUCUUGACCUAUUCUUACAGAUUUUAAUUGACGAAGAAGAUAGCGAAGGCAUUCAUCUCAACUCUGACUCGCUCCUACGCUCUUGUACAUUAGAUAACCGGAUUUGGAGGAUGUGGUAUAGUGGAUUGCUAGACUAGCCUUUUAAUCAGAUGCACCAUACUAUUCAAACA